AUGAAAGAAGAAACAGAAACCGCCAGAGAUACCCCCGAAGGCUCGACUGUUGGUGACGAGUCGAAGACCAGCCUUACUACAAAGGAUCGCAAAUGCCAGUACUGCCAACAGGCGUUUACGUCCUCAUCAUUGGGUCGACACCUUGACCAAUUCCUUUUCAAGAAGAAACCUGACGGAAUCCACGAUGUCGAAGAGAUCAGACGAAUUCGCAGUGGAAUCACCCGGCGCCAGGCCCGAACAUCCACAGGGAAGAACGAGGGGAGUCCCGACCGAGUCCAGAAAAAGGGUACCUCAGAGUUGUUUACAGCCGCAGACUCGGGGUCAAAGUCGCGCGACGCUCCGGUGCGCAUGAUGUUCAACACACCCACCUGGCAUGCGACUGGGGUGAUCAACGAUAUCCCCAACCCCAGUCGCAUGCCGGAUGGGCCUCGCAUUACACCUUCACAGUCUCGGACAACGCCGUUACAACUGCCGGACUAUGCAAGUAGAGGUGCUAGCUCCAGCAGCCCGGAUACGAUGCGGGCACUGGAACUUGCACUACGCGAGGUGCUUGAUAAUAUCAAAGCCGCAACAUCUCGUAUCCGGCCUCGGCUGUCUCCGUUUGACUUCGACAUGCAAGCUCAGACUUUUCCCUCCAUGUGUCUGCAGCUGCUCCCUCCUCCACCAAGCCUGUUUGCGACACAUCCGUUUCCUUCCUCUACCUCGUUUCCCCUCCAGCCACCCGGCGCCGAGCAUCUCGAUAUAAUCCGCCAAGCCCUUCGAUCCAAGGUCGCACAAUGGCAGACCGACCAACUCGCGGCCGACUCCACUGCUGCGACUCACACACGACAUGGGAAUAGCGGGAUGGAUCCGAACAUGAUAUACCGCAGCGCGCAGCAGCACGAGGAGAUCAGUUUCCGACACUUGGAAUUGGCUUUCAAUCAUUGGAAUACUCUGUCCCACGAGACCCGUCGCGACGCGUGGCAAUUGGAGAUCACGCGUGCAUUUGCGCGCGAGGCAGAGAAGCGCAAGUCCUCAGACGAGCAACUCGCUCGAGUGCAACAGGAAGCAAACCAGCUGCGCGCACAGGUCGAGCGCCUUGGAUCAUGCCAGUGGCCUCCGCGGGAAUUGGACGCACAAGAAAGCCAUAUCAGUCCCGACUCUACACGAUGGGACUAUGACAGCGUGGUCGCCAAAUGGAGACGCGUUGUUAUGCACGAUAAGAGCAUGGGCCGGAUUGGGGUUGGUUAUGGAAACCCCAGUCAGACGGGGGAUUCAGACAAAAGUCAGUCUCAGCAAAGCCCUGAUGUCCGGCCUCCACGCCCAGGCGAAGACACCACCUCUCACCCCAAUCGCUUGCGCCCCUUGCAAUCUGCUACGGCUUUGAGCCCAGACGCUGCGGCUGCCUCGACGCCUGCUUCAUCUACCCACUACGCUUCUCCCCACUCUUUUGCAGAUCCUCGCAGCCCGCCCACCGUCAUGCCCCAGGUGGGUGGGCUGCCUCCGGCUAAGCGACAGCGCCUCAUGAAUGGCUCAGAAGACACAUCUGGUCCCUCGUCUGAGUCUGGUCAUGCUCCGCCUUCUGCAGCUGGAAAACCGUGGGGAUCUUCCACGCCCCAUUUAUCCAAUCUUGCUGCACCCUCGGGACAGACGCCUCCAUCGUCUAGGAAUUGA